AUAGUCCGCACCCUAUUUGAUACGUUUCUCCAUCGUGUUUGCUAAGUGUCAGCUGAUCGUCAUGUGCUCCGAAAAAACACCGCGAAUACUCUCGAUACAAAGUCACGUAGUGUCUGGUUAUGUAGGAAAUAAAAGUGCAACAUUUCCGUUACAGUUACUCGGUUUUGAGGUAGAUGCAAUUAAUUCUGUUCAACUAUCCAAUCAUACUAACUAUAAAGUCUUUAAGGGCCAAGUACUUAAUGAUAAAGACUUGGAGGAUUUAGUCGAUGGUUUAGCACAAAAUAACUUAGACAAUUACACUCAUUUACUCACUGGAUAUGUUGGUUCUGCUUCCUUCCUGAAAAGAAUCGCAGGAGUGGUUCGUGCUUUAAAGCAUAAAAAUCCUAAUCUCAUAUAUGUUUGUGAUCCUGUUAUGGGGGAUAAUGGGAGAAUGUAUGUUCCUGAACCACUUAAGGAAAUUUAUAAAACGGAGAUAGUGCCACUGGCAGAUAUUUUAACACCAAAUCAAUUUGAAUUAGAGUUGUUAAGUGGUAUUAAGAUCAGCACAAUGUCCGAUUUACAAACUGCUGUGAAAGAGUUACAUAAAGCUGGUCCAGAAACAGUAGCUAUUUCAUCAACAGAAAUCGAUGAUAAAUUGAUAGCAAUUUUCAGUGCAAUAAAAAAUAAUGCAUUAAUCAAAAUAGACAUUCCAAAGAUACCAAGUAAUUUUACAGGUUCUGGAGAUCUUUUUGCUGCCUUAUUUCUAGCUCACAUGUACUUGCAAGAUAAUAUGAAAGAUGCUAUCGAGAAGACCGUGAAUUCUUUACAUAGUGUCUUACUGAAAACUUACGAAUAUUCCCAAGUAUGCAAAGAUGAGGAUUCUCAGCCUGCAAGAAAAAUUGAAUUACGCUUAAUACAAAGCAAGAGUUGUAUUGAAAAUCCAGAAGCGCAUCUACUUGCUGAACCAUUUUAACCGUGAAUAUUUUAUUCAUUUGUACAUUCAUGUACAAUAUAGUUAAUACUGGUUAUUAUGUUAACUAAUUGUAAGGACCACUAUUAUUGUCUUCCAGUGAAAAAAAACUUUAUGUUUUAAUAAAGAAUUAAGUAU